UUCCCUUAGCCUUUCGCUUUCUAUUUUGCGAUUUCUCGCGAUUUCGAAAGUCGAAAGCUCUCUAUUUUUCAUAUUCCCUAUUUGUCCCUGGCGAACCGGCGGCGAUCGCCGACUUUCAUCGUUACGUCCAUGUUUUUCCGUUUCCGUCGCUAUCGGUAAGCCCUAGAUACUCUCAAUUUCCUUUACUCUCUUAAAUUCGUCGGGAGAUUUGAGAAAAUUGAAGAUUUUUCAUCGAUAUAUCUAGGGUUUAUCUUCUUCGUCUUUUUUCUUGAUUUCUAUUAUGAUCUGAUUGUUUUUCGAGCUACACAGAGCGAUAGUCGAGGAUCUGAUACUUCGGUUUGGUUGUUUUAGCUGCCUUUUAUUUUAAGGUUUCGUAUUGAUUAACCUAGUUUGGGCUUUUAUUUUUUUUGGUUGAAAGUUGGGGGACUUUUGGCUAGGCUUGUUGUGUUCGGGGUUUAGGGUUUUAUAAGUAAACAAAUUGGAAGGAAUUUCUUGAAUUGAAAAGCAGUUGGUUUCUGAAUAUUUUGAAAUUUAUACAUGGCUGCUGGGAGAAAUGGGGGUUAUCAUGGUAAUGGGUUUAGGAAUAGAGAUUCUGAAUUUGAGGUGCCGAGGCGGGAAAUUGCUAAUUCUAAGGAUUAUGAGCCUUCUAGGAAUGAUAGCCGUAAUAAUGAAAGGCGAGAUAGCGUUAGGGUUAGGCAAAAGGAUGUUAAGGAGAGGGAAGUGGUAAAUGGUGGUUCUCUGUCCUCUUCGAGUAGGGAUUCGGGUGGCAGUAGUGGUGGUGGAGGAGGUAGUCGGGGACCCAAGCGAUGCGAGUUCUCUCGUAGGGUGGUAGAUAAGGAGCCUGGUGAGUUGUCUAGUGAAAGUGGAUCGGAGGAUGCCAUAGAGUCUGAGUUGACUAUUAAAAAUAGUGAGAUUGCGAAAGCAAUGGAUAAUGGGGCUCAAUCUCCUGUGGGAAAGAAAAGGAAGUUUUCGCCUAUAGUAUGGGAUAUAGAUGACAAGGUAUUAAGUAAUUCAUCGAAAAGUAGGAUUUCACCAGCAGUUACAGCUGUUCCUCCUCCACCAGCAGUGCCUAAAGUUUAUAACAAUUCACCUAACAAUGUCUCUGGUGGUACUGUACAGAUAUCUCCUGUUAGAGAAAGAAAAAAGCAGAAAUUACAAUCUCCUUCACCAGUUGCUGCUACUGAAAUUGCUGGAUACUCCACUUUGGAAUCUCGAAUCGAUUUGGAUUUUUCCCCACCUAAAGAGCAGGUUAACAAUCAAGAUGCCGGGCAGCUUGACGAUGAAGAUUAUGUACCGACCAGACAUAUAUCUUCCUCAAGAUGGGCGUCUGGUGAUAGUUCUUCUGGUGAUGAGGGUGAAAUUUUAGAAGAUGAGGAAAUGCCUAAAAUGAGGAAAAAGUUAUCUCUUCUGGAAUCAGCCCAUAAAAGAUUUUGGAAUAAGUCGACAACUCCAGAGCUUGGGGAGCUUAACAGGGAAGGCUCUGAGGGAGUUAGAGCUAAAUCAUCUGAAUCUGAUGAACGAGCUGCCCGUUCCAGGUCUGGAAGUGGGAAUGAUUCAGAGAAGGAUGACUACAUGGAGAUUGAUGUUGAACAUGAUAGAAAUGACAGUAGUGCAAGCGAGUCUGAUAGAGAUGCUGAGAAUGAAAGUGACUCACCGGGUACACCAGAACCUCCAGCUCCUCCUUUAAGAAGUGUGAACAUGCUUCAGGGAUGUAGAAGUGUAGAUGAAUUUGAGAGAUUAAAUAAGAUAGAUGAAGGUACUUAUGGUGUUGUUUAUAGAGCUAGGGACAAGAAGACAGGGGAAAUUGUGGCAUUGAAGAAGGUAAAGAUGGAGAAAGAAAGAGAAGGUUUUCCUCUGACCUCUUUGAGGGAAAUAAACAUUCUUCUCUCAUUUCAUCACCCAUCGGUUGUAGAUGUUAAAGAAGUAGUUGUAGGGAGUAACCUUGAUAGUAUCUUUAUGGUUAUGGAAUACAUGGAACAUGAUCUGAAAGCGCUGAUGGAGACAAUGAGACAACCAUUCAGCCAAAGUGAGGUUAAAUGCUUGAUGCUUCAGCUACUGGAGGGUGUCAAGUAUCUUCAUGACAAUUGGGUUCUGCAUCGAGAUUUGAAGACAUCUAAUCUGCUUUUAAAUAACCAAGGUGAACUGAAGAUUUGUGAUUUUGGGUUGGCUCGUCAGUAUGGAAGCCCAUUAAAACCAUAUACACAUUUGGUUGUUACUCUUUGGUACAGGGCUCCAGAACUUCUUUUGGGAGCAAGACAAUAUUCCACUGCAAUUGACAUGUGGUCUUUGGGUUGUAUAAUGGCUGAACUACUUUCGAAAGAACCACUUUUCAACGGGAAAACUGAAUUUGAUCAACUUGACAAGAUUUUCAGAACACUGGGCACACCAAAUGAGACAAUAUGGCCUGGUUUUUCGAAGUUGCCUGGAGUCAAGGUCAAUUUUGUCAAGCAUCAGUAUAAUCUAUUGCGCAAAAAAUUUCCAGCCACGUCGUUCACUGGCACACCUGUUCUCUCUGAUGCAGGAUUUGACUUACUGAAUAAACUCCUUACUUAUGAUCCUGAGAAGCGUAUAACUGCUGAAGCUGCUCUUAACCAUGAGUGGUUUCGUGAAGUUCCUCUUCCCAAGACCAAAGCUUUCAUGCCCACUUUCCCUGCCCAACAUGCUCAAGACAGGCGAAUGAGAAGAAUGCUGAAGAGCCCAGAUCCUUUGCAAGAGCAACGUAGAAAGGAGUUGCAACAAGGGGAACUAGGGACUAGUGGUCUAUUUGGCUAAGAGAAAAUUCAUCCAUCAGUGCCGUUUGAUCUUCAUGUUUUAGAAUUUUCUCAUUAUUGUUAGAGGGCCGUGUUUGAGGUGAGAGACAUGCAUUCAACGGAAGUUGCGAACUUUGUUUUCAGAAGAUCAUUCUUGCUGUUUUUUAGCAGGCACUGAUGAUGUUUUAGCUGGAGAUAUUGGUUGCCUCUUCCUGUGCGCCAGAUGUUUUGCAGGUUAUAUUGUUUUCCAGCUUUGUUCAUCAUAUAAAAAUGCAUCUGACACUGCUUGCAUUGCAAGGUGUGGCUAUCAGCCUUUCUUCUUUUAGACAUCAGUUUCAGCUGAGACUUGUGUAACAUAUUUUUAUUGGAACAAUGAUGUAAACCUUCCUUUUAUAUCUGGUUUUGAAUAUUAAAAAAAAAUCUGGAUUUCUUCCA